AUGCCUAAAACUGUUCAUGAUUUGAUCUGUAAUGAUGACACAUGGGAUUUUAACCUUAUAUCUAAAUAUGUUGAUUAUAAUUCACAUAAUGCUAUAAAUUAUGUUGCUAUUAACCUUAAUAUGCAUGAUAGGAUCAGAUGGAAUUCUACCAAAAAUGGUGAACUCACUACUAAGUCUGUUUACAAUUUUCUUACUGAUCUGAAUAUUGAUAAAAAUGAAGCUAAAUUUUGGAAGCAAAUUUGGAAGUUAAAUGUUAAGCCUGAAGUUAAUAUGUUCUGCUGGAAACUUGUGUAUGGUGCUUUAGCUUUAAGACAUAGAAUGUCUAAGUAUGUUACUACUUUGAAUUCCUUCUGUUUGUUAUGUGAUUCAAAUGCUGCUGAAGAUGAAUGUCAUCUUUUUGUUAAUUGUCCUUUCACUAGGAAAAUCUGGGAUGCUUUUCAUUUGAGUGACAUAUAUAAGCUGCAAGGUUCCUAUGAUGUUAUGAUGUGGUUUAACUACUGGAUGAACAGCAAAAUUCUUACUGAAAAACAUGAUAAAAUAUCUUAUGUUAUAUGGUCCAUUUCGAAAUAUAGAAACAAUGUGAAUUUUGACAAUGUUAUACCCUUGCCUCAAAAGCUUGUUGAUUCCAUUAAAAUUUAUUAUCAGAAUAAAGUUUAUCCUAGUGACAACACUUCUAGGCAUGCUUCUCAAUCCUUAAGAAAUCCUGACACUGAUAUUCAUACCAAUUCCAGUCACAACUUUGAUUGGUUCAUUCCUUUGAUGCUUCUUUUUCUGAGGAUAAUUUCACAAUGGGUUAUGCUAUCUCCAUUUUGGAUAAAACAUGAAGCAAAAAACAAUGUGGUGCAGGCAGAAACUGGGCAGCUUGCCCCUAGAUGCUGA